AAGCAACGUUUAUAAUCACCUUUUCCUUUUUAAUUUAAGAUUUGUAUGUUCAAGAUUGUGAAUCGUAUCCUCCCCCUCCCCGGUAUCAUUAUUUAUAUUUACGCCUCUUGAUCAAUAUUUGAUCAAUUAUUUUAACACUUGUAUCAACUUGACAUUCAUACCAGUUAGUUCAAUGGACUUCUUAGUUCUUGUUUUGUGUUGUUGUCUCUCCCUUAAUGCUGUUCAUGCACAUCCUUGGUCCUCACAGGAUAAGGAGGAGGUGGGUAGAAUAGUUAACGGACAAGAGGUAGCACCUGGAGAAAGGCCAUAUCAGGUUUCAGUCCAGAUGAUCUUUAGUAACAGUGAAACCAGUUUAAUAUCGAAGAAAUCAGAACACUUCUGUGGAGGAGCCAUGAUAGCAGAGAACUGGGUUCUUACAGCGGCGCACUGCAUGAGAGACCAAAAGCCGGCUUAUCUGAAGAUUAUAACAGGAACUAAUGAUUUGACAGACACAAAUAGUCCAGCUUUCAGAGUGAAGCAAAUAUUAAGAACACCUUACAACGAUAUUACCAAGAGAAACGACCUCUCUCUGGUUGAACUUGAUAUAACAUCAAACUCAGAAAAUAUGAACAGAAUAAAGGAUCAUAAAUUUGAAAGUGUCAAGGUUUGCAGAGAAUCAUUUGAACCUCAGGGUAAAUCCUGUGUUGUGUCAGGGUGGGGGCAUCUAAAAGCUAAGGGAAGUGGUAUUCCUGACAAGCUUAGGGAAGUUUCUGUUCUUGUUCUUCAUGAUGAAUCUUGUAAAACAAUGUUGGAAGGGUUUCCCUGGGAUCCAACGACAAGCACAAUGAUCUGCGCUGGUGGAGAAGAAGAGGAUGCUUGCCAGGGGGACAGCGGAGGACCUUUAGUUUGCCAGGACGAUUCAGGAGUUGAAUGUUUGGCUGGAGUGGUUAGCUGGGGUGUAGGGUGUGCUACUCCAGGAGUACCAGGAGUAUACACAAACGUCAGAAAAUACGUUGAUUGGAUUGAGAAAUCUAUGCAGGAAAGCUCUGAGCCAUCUUCAACCGAGGAGAAUUUGGCUGGAAAUGGGUCGGCAAUUACAAAUUAUCCACAUCAUGUUGUUUUAACAGUUCCGGAAAAACUAUAACUAUUCACUUUGGAAAUAAAUAAAAUCAAUUGGCAAUUAAA